AUGAAACAAGAAUGCAGUGGGAACAAGUCUCAGAGGAGACCCCACGACAACACUUUUUCAAAGGAUUUGUAUCCUUUUUUUAAAGAAGGAAAUCUACAAGAAAAACAAAACGAUGUUUCUCUUCAAAGUCUAUAUAUUUAUAAUCUAUACAACCCUCAGCUUGUGCUUCUGGACUGUAACGUGCAAUUAAAUCCUUUUGGUUGUUACAUGAUAAGCGAGAAUGCCCCAAGAAGUACAAAAGGAAUUUGGAGGAAAAACAUUCUAAAGGACUGGUUUGGGCUUGAAGGAGAAAGCAAGUCAUCGCAUGGGUUCGAUUCCCAUGGAUUACGACUUUUGGCUCAACCAAGUAAUGCAAAGCAUUUCGGAAGUGGUUUCACAAACCAUGAUGGAGGAGGGGGUGAAAAGGUUCAGAAGUAUGUAUAUUCUGGGAUAAAGAAUUUGGGAGCAACGUGUUAUAUGGGGUCAUAUUUGCAAUAUUUAUUUAUGAAUUUAGAUUUCAGAUCAACUUUUCUGCGUGUGGAUUGCAGCCAAGUUCCUGGGCUAAAAAGUAUGAAUGGUAGCCAAGGCUCUGUUAAUUCUCUUACAAGAGCUGGAGGAAAUAAACCGAUGGAAGGAGAAAGUCUUCUAAGUUCAAUGAUUUUGCCGAAUAUAGAUACAAAUGCAAACACAGAUGCAGAAAAAGAUGUUGGGAAGAAUUUUUCUCCUUGUUCUCACCCUUCUUCAUUUGAUGUAAUUUUGGAACUUCAGAAGAUUUUCAGACAAAUGGAAACCGGCCGAAUUUCUGUGGUAAAUCCAAUAGCUUUUGCAAAGACCCUGGGUAUAAGUACAGAGAAUCAGGAGGACGCUACUGAGUUUGCAGUGUUGUUACUCAGCUUAUUGGAGUCAAAGCUCCAAUCACUUUCAAAGUUAUCUAUUAAAGGGGUGGGCUCGUCAUUGGAAAAGGAUGCGAGCAGAUUUAUUCCAGAACUCUUUAGAGGUACUUUGAGUUACACAAUAGAAUGUAUUUCCUGCAAGAAUAAGACAUCAAUAGAGGAUCAUUUCUAUGAACUCAGGCUUCAGCUUUUGAUUAACAAAAUUGAGGAGAAGGUUGAUUUUGAGGACUCUGCCACAAUAGUUGGGAGAAAGGAGAGAGAAUCUGGGGAUACACUGACACAACCACAAGAACACGAACAGAAGCAGGAACAAGAACAGGAACGGGAGCAGGAACAGGAACAAACAAAGACACAAGAACAGGAGGAGGAGAGGACAAGACAGAGGUCAAAGGAGAAAGACUCUAAUCAGAAAAAGGCCACUUCUGGACAUUCUGUGAACAGUACUUUGAGGUUGGAGCAAGCAUUUGACAACUUUUUCAAACAGGAGUUGCUUACAGAUGAGAACCAGUAUAUGUGCGAGAAGUGCCAGCAUAAAACGGAUGCAAUAAAGAGAUGUUUAAUUGACAGACUUCCUCCAUAUCUUCACGUUUGCCUUCAAAGAUAUUGUUACGACUCUGUUUCUCGAGCUAGAAAGAAGGUUUCGAUUCCCGUUGACUUCCCUCACAUUUUGAACUUAAAAGAGUACUAUAGUGGAGAGAGGAAGCCAAAAGAAGGGAACAAGGAUGAGAGUUCUCAGGAUGAAGAGUUCUAUGAGUACGAGUUCAUUGGGAUACUUGAACAUCAGGGACAAUCUGCAAUGAGUGGACACUACACCGCAUCUUUGAAAGAUUUCCAGUACUUGAGUGACACAGAGAUAAGCACUAAAGAUAUUUCUCCGAGACAGGGGGAACCCAAAUUAGAUGAGUCGGAGCCCAAGACUCUUAGCACACCAAAUUCUGGGGAGGAGCCAGUGGUCACUAAGAAGAAGAGGGGAAGAAAGCCAAAUAACCUCAAGAAGCUCGAGACAAUGUUUGCAAAACCUCAAAGCGAGGAUUCAAAGAGAUCCAAGCCUGAAGAUGAAGCCUUUCCCGUCUCUCCGUCACUAGAUUUGAUUAAUAAGUAUAGAAUUGCUCAGCUACUUGUCCAACAGCAGCAACAACAACAACAGCAACAACAGCAACAACAGCAGCAGCAGCAACAGGAACAACAACAGGAACAACAACAACAGGAACAACAGCAAAGCUUCAUCUUUGGAGGAGCACCGAAUGCAGAGAUGAGGGUAACAGGCAUCUCCAUGGGUAAUACUGGAUAUUCCUCUUUGGAAAAGAGUGAUGGUUUGAGUAAAACGCCUGUAAUGCAUUCAGUAGCUACUCCGGUAACCCCAAUGACGACUUUGAACCAAGUAUCGCCGAUUUCUCUCACUCCGUUGGCUCCUUUGGGAGUUUUGAAUUCUAUGCAACACUUGGGCACGGGAGUAACUCCAUUAAAUGGAUUUACUGGCCUAAGUUCUCCUAUAGUUCAGCACCAAAUACAAUUGCAGAACCUAUAUAACUUGAUUUACUAUAAUAAACAGCGAAAUCCACACUCUCAGUUAAUACCUAGCUCUGGAGGUGGGAAUCCAAACUUUAUUAAGAGUGAAGAAAGGAAUAUUUUGGUAAAUAGGGAGGUGCCAAAAGGAGGAUUUAAAGCCAAUUCUAUAGAUGAAGCUUCUGACGAUUCAACCUUGGUCAAAUCCUCUCAAGGUUCCACUGUAGUAAUAACCCCUUCAAAGGUCCAGGAAUCCCAGUCAUCAUCAAGCAUUUCAUCCACUCCAAAUCUGGGAAUUGAAACAAAUUUUGUUGUUGAAAACAAUAGCAAUAACAACAUAAUGCUUAAUCAAUACAUUCAGUACUUGCAGUUCAUGCAAAACCAACAAGUCUUGGAAGCUAACAAGAACCUUAUACUAGGCUCACUAUUAAAUACUGGAAACCAACAACAGAGCCAACUUCAAAAUCAAAUUCAAAACCAACUUCAGCUUCAACUCCAACUCCAAAAGCAACAGGAACAGAUGAGGAUGCAAUUACCAUCCCUUCAGCAGCCUUUUGUAAAUAGCCAAGCUGGUAAUACUGCAUUCUUAUUGGGUAAAACGGAGCCAAACCAAACCCAUCUUAAUCUGAUUAACUUUCAAAACUCCCAAGAAAGAGGUCUUAAAGGAGGAGCAGUUUCAGCCACUCAAACCUCUAAGUCAAAAAUCCCCCCUCAAAAGCUUGACUGCAGGUUAGACUCGAGCACCACUGAAUUUUGUGUCCAGUCCAGAAAGAGGUGGAAAUGGGUCCACUUUGAUGAUACUGAAGUUCAAGAAUGGACUCCUAAGUUUUCCCUCUGCAACAACUCCAAUAUCAAUAGAAUGGUCACUAGAACUGGAUAUAUGCUCAUUUAUAAAAGAAAAGAUUGGGCGCCACACAAAACUACAUGCAAUACCGGUAUUGUGAAUACAUGCACCCAUGUGGACACAAAUAUGGGGCCGGUGCCAGGAAUGACAUUUGGCGGAGAUUUGGGUGCACAGGAAUGCGACAGAAAUUUAAUUUUGAAAAAGCUGAGUGUUUUGAAUUUAAGGAAGCAGAACGUAACAUAUUUAAAGAAUGUUAUAUUGAGACCAUCAAUUGAUAGAUGGCGAGAGGAGUGGACUAAGAGACUUGAAGCUUCAAGGGACGACGAUAAUGAAUUGGUAAAGAGCUACCUGUUUGGUGGAUUCUUAGCGAUUCCUAACGAAUGGUGGAUGUGCUAUGUUCAUGGAGAUGACUUGGAGCAGAUCUUGCGUCAUAACUCUGGCGGAUUCGUCAAGUUUUGGAGUUAUGAGAAUUUAUACUGCAAGCAUUGUGGGGUUGUUGAAAAUGAAGAGAAUAAGCGAGAAAAGCAAGCUAGUUCAGGGUGUAACAAGUUUCUGGACCCAUUUUUGUUCUGGGAAGGCCGAGUAAAGCUAUUUCCUCCUGAACUUCUUAGCGCUUUGGUUGAAUGUGUCUCUAAAGAGAACUCUUUGCUUAGGGAGUAUUAUUCUUUAGAUAUUGGCGGAGACAUCAUUGAAUCAGUUAAGCAGGAGCAGAAGGAUCAAGCAAGGCAGUUAAGUUUAGAACCAGGAUCAGAGAUUGAAUGCUUAAAUUUGAGUCGAAGUAUGUGCUUAGAGUGUGUUAAAAGCUUGUACGGGAUUCUGGAUGUUUCCCUAAAACAGUCCAGGGUAAUUUACGAAAUGAUGAGAACUAACGUUGCGAAAGAGAAGGAGGUUUGCUUGACCAGCACUCGUAUGUUUAAUAGUUUGAUAGUUAAGUUUGAUUUAAAACACAAGAAUCCUGCACAGAUGUUUCAAAGGAAACAAAACCAACUAAAAAAUGACGAAUUUGGUAUUGUUAACGACAGUGAAAACCCUGCAAUAGAUUUUGACUAUAACUGGAGAUCAAUAUUCACUGAUAUUAAGAGGGAUAUUCAGAAAAAUGGGAUUCUAAAUGAGCAAAUUCUUCUUCAACUUCAGAAAGCACCUGAUUCAUCUUUCUCUCAAGUUGGAAAUCUUGAAAAUGGACCAUACAAAUCUGCAAACAGAGUUCAGGACUGGUCAAAGGAUAUUGCUUUAGGCUCAGCAAAAUGCCCACAUGGUUCAUAUGUAAGGUCAAAGGUUUCUGGGAAGACAGUGAUUCUGAUUCCACUAAGGCUGUUGGAUGAAUUUAUGGAGUUGGAAGAGCAGAGAAGCAAAAAAAUAACUUCUUUUGUACUGUUCAAUAAUACCAGAAAGGAUAAAGAGGAGAUUAUCGCUAAUAUCUACAAGAACUACUUAAGAUACAAGUGCAGUAACAAACUACUUCCGUGUAAGCAUUGUAAUACACAGUAA